AUGGAUUCUACCAAGUUGUUGGGCCUUAUAGCCAUGAUUCUCUUGUUACUUCUGCCUCUGGUUACCAAAGGAGAUACUAAUGAUGAUCCUAAUGAUGAUUUCCUUGAUAGGGUUUGUGAAGAAGUGGAUUGUGGGAAAGGAAGAUGCGUGGUGAAUACAAGUUUACCUUUGAGUUUCGCUUGUGAAUGUGAAUCCGGAUGGAAGAGAACUCAAGAUGAAGAUGAUGAUUUAUAUGCCACGAGCUUUCUUCCUUGUGUCAUUCCUGAAUGUAGUCUGAAUUAUGGUUGCCAGCAAGCACCAAGUCCGGUUAGAGAGAAGAGUAUCCCUAACAAUAUUUCGGCUUUCGAUCCUUGCUAUUGGGCAUAUUGUGGAGAAGGUAGAUGCACCAGGAACAGGACACAUACACUCAUGUACAUGUGUGAAUGCAAACGCAAUUAUUAUAAUCUUCUCGAUGUAUCUGUUUUCCCAUGUUACAGUGAAUGUACUCUUGGAUCUGAUUGUUCAAACCUUGGAAUUAGAGUUUCAAAUUCAACCGUAGGUUUUGACAGAGAUGCAAGCUCAACAAUCUUUGGAGGAAGGUUCCAUUGGAUCAUUGUUUUGUUGAUUUCGACUGGUAUGGUUAUGUGGAGCUAG